ACCUCGCGAGGAUGUUUCGUCGCGAAGUAUGCAAGCCACAUUACAAAACGAGAGUACGACCAGAAAGUCGAGUACAGAUGAGAGCUAGGUAGAUGAGAGUAGCGAGCAAGAAGCGAGGCCCAAUAAGGCACCACGUGUUUACGUGAAGCACACGCAGGAUCGAUAGCUUGAGUUGCUUCAGCUCUUCCAUCCUUACCGUCACCUACACUUCCUACACUAGUCUCGGCAUGCACGCGAUCCAGCAACAAUAUUGGGCAGUCCGCGACUACCUCAGUCCGGUUCUGAAGGAGAGUAAAUUCAAGGAACAUGGGCGUAUCACUCCCGAGGAGUUUGUCGCUGCCGGCGAUUUCUUGACCUACAAAUUUCCUGUAUGGACAUGGGAGAAAGGCGACGCGUCCAAACAACGAGACUACCUCCCAACCGAUAAGCAAUACCUCAUGACCCGAGGAGUCCCUUGCCUACGUCGAGCCACUGCACUAGCCUAUACCGACGCGGACGAAGACGCAGAACGUCUCCUCUCUUUCGGUGACUUGUCCUCUACAGGAGACGAAGCAGACGAAUGGGUCGAAACGCAUGCUGGACGGUCCUCUGCUCACGAUAAUGGGACGGAAACGGGGGAGAUGGAUGAGAUACCGGAUGUGGAUGACGGAGUGUUGCAUUCAAUGGGUGGCCUUUCAAUUGGUGCUGGGGGAGCAGUCAAAGGUGAGAGUGCGGAGGAUAUCCCGGAUAUAGAUGAAAUUCCGGACAUGGAGGAGGAGGAUUUGGAAGACGGGGAUGAUGAGGCUACCGCUGCACCCAAGGCUUCAACUCCCCCUGUCAUUGAAUCAAGUCAAGUGGAAGUCGCCAAGGGCAACCUUUUGCAAGUACGGACGUACGAUGUCAUGAUCACAUAUGACAAGUACUACCAAACACCAAGAAUCUGGUUGAUCGGUUAUGACGAAAACCGAACCCCACUAACACCCUCCCAAAUCUUCCAAGACGUCUCAGCAGACCACGCCUUCAAAACGGUUACCAUCGAAGCCUUCCCACACAGCACAACCCUCCAAGCCGCCUCCGUUCAUCCAUGUAAACACGCCAGCGUGAUGAAGAAAGUCAUCGAACGGAUGAACGCGGGCGUCAUUGAGGAACAACAAGCUCUCAAAACUAAAGGACCGUCAUCGGGAACAGCCACACCCAAGGACAAGCAAAAGAAAUGGUUGUUCAGGAAGACGAGUGGGACGGGUAAGGAUGAUAAGGUCGUUGGAGGGAAUGGAAAUGGAGAGGAAGACGUGGAGGGUAUGAGAGUUGAUUUCUAUCUGGUCGUGUUUUUGAAGUUCAUCGCGUCGAUCGUGCCGACGAUCGAGGUGGAUUCAACCACUUCUUUCUAAACCUCCAGCUUCGCAUUUUCUUAUCGUCACUUACACCCCCAUGUUUGGGGGUGUUUGAGGAGGGCUCUUCGAUUGGGCUUUAUAGUGAUCGGCAUCGGGGCGGAGGGUUGUAUUAAUUAACUACUAUCAAGUGUAAGUGACUACCAUUUAGAAGACUUAUACCACAGAUCGAUUUUCCUUUUCCUUUUCAUUCUCAUUUCGACAUUCACUUGUCCAAGUUUUCCUUUUCUUUUUCUUACGUUUCAAGUUGCUGACGUGCUCAUGACAUUCGUUCUUUCGGAAAUUUGUACUGGUAUUGUCAAGACUCGCUUUCCCUCCUGUGUAAACGUAGAAUUCUGGAAUUGCUCAUCAUCAUGGAUCUCUAAACA